GAAAAAAGGACUGAGUGUUGAAGAGAAGAGAACUCGUAUGAUGGAAAUAUUUUUUGAAACAAAAGAUGUGUUCCAAUUAAAGGAUAUGGAGAAGAUUGCUCCGAAAGAGAAAGGAAUUACUGCCAUGUCGGUAAAGGAGAUCCUGCAAAGUUUAGUUGAUGAUGGUAUGGUGGACACUGAUAGGAUUGGAACUUCCAAUUAUUUUUGGGCUUUUCCAAGUAAAGCUCUUCAUGCCAGGAAGCGUAAAUUGGAAGCACUGGAGACUCAGUUGGCUGAAAGUAGCCUGAAGAAAGAGAGGUUACAGCAAAACAUUGAGAAAUCAAAAAUCGGACGCCAAGAGACUGCAGAACGUGCUGCCCUAACAAAGGAACUUGCUACUCUCCGGCAGAAAAAAGAGCACCUAAAGGCAGAAAUAGACCAAUACAAAGAAUGUGAUCCAGAUGUUGUUGAAGAAAUCCGUCAAGCAAACAAAGUCGCCAAGGAAGCAGCCAAUAGAUGGACUGAUAAUAUCUUUGCAAUAAAAUCUUGGGCCAAACGGAAAUUUGGAUUUGAAGAGAACAGAAUUGACAAAAGUUUUGGGAUUCCAGAAGACUUUGACUAUAUUGAUUAAUGUGAUACUGACACAAGUGUACAUAUCUUAUUUAAUAUUGCUCAGCUGACAUUUGUCUGUGUUGCUUUUCAAAACCAAACCAAACACCCCCUUGUAUUAG